AUUAACAUUUAGUGUUUGCUUUUUUUCGUUAUAUAUGGAAACUUUGUCCAGCGUAGCUAGCUAGUAUAAAGAAAGCAUAUGUAUUAGCUAGCUAGCUAGUGCUAGUUCCACAUACUAGAUAGCUAGCAGACCUUCAGUGAGAUAUUUCUUGCCAUAGCUAGUUAUCUACAUAUUUUUUUAAAAGAAACUUAAGCAUUUGGUUGAGCCUGAAUGGAGUUUCUUAAAAUUUGAUAAGUUGAGCCUCAAGCGUUGGGACUAUGGUUUUGAUAGCUAUAUAUAUUUUCUAUACACCAUUCUCCGAUUUCAGCGAGAUCAUAAUUUUAAAAUGACGUAAUCUAAUAAUGGCGGAUUUCGUAUGUAAACAAACCCUUAACGUGAUCGAACACAGUAAGCGUUACUAUUUCUUAUGGUAAACAAUUAAUUAAAUAGACCUUUAAAUUAUUUUAAAAUAGUUUUUUAGUAACAUAUUAACUUUAUUUAUAUGAAAAGAUGCAAUAUGUGUUUAAGAGUCAAGUUGAUGUGCUAAAUGCCAUCAAUUUCUCAGCGUCAUUUUUGUAAAAAUAGUUUUACUACGCUUCUUAAUAUCAAUAUAGAAAGGGUUGCGGAGAGGUUGCCAAGGCAAAGGCAUUAGGCACGGCAAUGAGACAGGAAUGGGAAUCAGCAAGGCAGGGGUAGGCAAGGCAUGGGAGGCACAGGCAAGGGCAUAGUAGUAGGCAGGCACGAUAAAAGGCAUAGGAAGGGUAGGCAGGGGCAGGAACCUGAACAGAAACUCUCCCCCUACAACUCAAAAAUUACGUAUAAUAAUGUACAAUACAACAAUAUAGAAAGGAUUGCAGAGUGUGGGACUGGCCCCCCUAGGUUUUCAAGCAAAAAUAUUUAGUGGUCCUUAUUUUGAAAAGAUUCCUUGGCAGGACAAACAUGUAUAAUUGCCUUUUCUAAACAUGACAUUUUUGUGAUAUGUAAAUGAAAGUGGUUAUUGUUGCCCUGUCCAGGAUUUGAACCUUGAUCUCUCUGUUUCAUGAGUGUCUUAGCCAUUAGACCAACAGGGCAUAUAUAUGAAAAACUUUACUGGUGCAUAUGCUUAUGGAUUUACAGCACAUAUAGCCAUUUAAUUCUUCUCGUGGAUAAUAAAAUUCAAUUUUUUCUACUACAUAGAUGGGGAGACCUGGUGUUGAAAAGUUUGGAUAAGGAACUAUAUUACCCAAUAUUAAACAUAUGGUGGAGUGAUUAAUAGGAAACUGUGCCAUCAUUCAUGUGGAGCGCUUUAGUAGAAGCAUGCAGUAUAUCAUAAAUCGGGUGAAGCACACACACAGCAUUAGGGAGUUUUAGGUUAAUAUAUUUUUCCAAAAAUAACUUUCCUGCAAAAAUACAGUUUACAUGUCGUGUCCAUCAUAGCAAAUUUUCUCAAAAUGUUUGCGGAAAAACUUAAAAUAUGAAUUGUAAUCCACGGUGAGCGCUUAGUACAGGUAAACAAUGUCGCACAUCCAUAUAUAUAUUUUCAUAUAUUUCAUCAUGACAGUAGGAUUAAAAAGCUCUUAUUCCAAACUGAACAGAAACCUCAAAAGUAUAGCAAUAAACUAGGCUAGCUUGGUACUUAAAUAGAGCCGGGCUUAAAAGGAUUCCUGAAUUGAAAAUGUUAUUUUGUAUGUUAUAGAGGAUAAAAAAUGUUAAAAAUCUUCCUUCGUUCUCAAGUUUAUGUCAGCAAAAUUGGUAGUUUUAUCACAGCUAAGUAGUUAAUUUUAUGCUAGCUUUGUAUAGCUAGUUUUAUGCCAGUUUUACGCUACCUAUAUAUUUACAUACUUGCUCUAUUUUAUGCCAGCUAAAAGCCUUAAAAGUGUUUUUUUUUACUGUUGGAAAGGUGAAUAAUCUUAAAAAACGUAAUAAAACAGUACAGCUAUCCGCCAUCAAACUGUUCAAUCUUCUUUAAAAAAGGCAGCAAGUUAGCGUUAUAUUUCUCACCAGAACGGUGGUUCACACGAACACAUUCCUAAAACACGAGUUGUGGAACAUGUGUGUGAGCUCCUCCAUCUUUCUAGUGCAUAACCUUCAUUCCCACAUACAGAAAAAGCACAACGUCUAGCCAUGUUUUAUAUUCGAAGACUGUACGUCGACUGUUGAACACGCUUUGUUUACAUACAAAAAUGUAGAUUAGUGCCGAGGCCCCACGCGGUAAAUAUGUAUUUUACAGAAGAAGCUGAAAUCGGAGAAUGGUGUAUUGUACAUUAAGUUUCUUAAUGUUGAAGAUUUCUAAAAAUUUGGUCUUUCUGAACCUAAGGUAAAAACAAACAUAUAUAUAAUCGUUUCCAAAAAAUGAAGGCUUUCCCGAUAAAAAAUUAUUUUCGUUGGACACCGUUCUUGUUCCGUUUUAAAUAAAAUAUGUCACUAGCCCAUGCAAUAUUGCGUCCGGAACACGCUGCGGUACUGCCAAUGCAGAAACCCAGCAAAUGUUUCAUCAAGGCGAAAAUAAAACCAUUUGAUCGACUGCCAUGGAGCACGUGGCAACUUUGUUUUUGAUAUGAUUCAUUAUACAAUUCAACCGAAAGUGGCGUCUAAAAUUUUUCGCUUGCGAACCUAGGGGACUCAGUCCCACGCUCCGCAACACUUUCUAUAUUGAUUGCGGAGAGAGAGCCAUUGCUCGAACGGAGCUAUUUUCCUCGUUCCCAUAAAUAUUAGAGCGUGACGAAUUUCCGCGUUUUCCCCUAGUACAUCAAAUUUUUGAAAAUGUCUGGUUGGUCGAGACACGCCGUUUUCAGUUAGUUUCAGGUUGGCAUACAGCUUUAGCCACAUGAUUCAUUAGUUACUUUUACUAAUAUCAUAUGACAUUUUCUCAGAUACAUAGUGCUUAAAACGAAAAUUGAGUUGAUGAUAGCUAUAUCGCCUUGGUCACAAUGGACGGAAGGUCAUUUUCAAGAAACAAAGGAAAGGUGUUUGCGAAACCGCUUGAUAUAGUAGCAGGUAAAUCAGGAGAGCAACAAGUCAAAGAAGCCUUAGAUAAAGCUGAGAAAGAGUCCGAACAAGCCGCCAAGGAGACAAGGAAUAAAGAGGGUGAACAUAAUCAAGAAGAGGCUGAACAUUUUACUUCUUCAGGUGAUAAAAGUACACGAUCCUCUACAGAUCUGAAAGAAACAUUAGAUAAAAAAGUUGCUGAGCUUGCAAAAUUUCAUGAAAAACCAAAGAGCAAAGAAGAUACACAUGUUGCAGAUGUCAAAGAAAAGGAAGUGGCAGAUCUCAACAAAGGGGAUAAAGAAAUAUCUGCAGAGCUGACAUCAGCAGAAACAAAAGAAAAAGAAAAUGCAGCUCUAGAGGAAGAAUCGGAUAAAAAGAUGGUUGAAAUGGCCAAAAAGUUAAAUAAUUUAGUACUGAAGUUUCAAAAGAAAAUGGGUCGUUUAGACCAUCGGCCAAAGAACGCAGAGGAACUUAUUCCAGAAAAAGACGGAGAUGGGGAGACAACCGUAAAAAGUAUUCGUGGAAAACCAGCCACCCAUGCACCCAUUGAUCUUGCAGCAUUAAUGUCAGCGAUUCGCGGAAAACAAGUUCAAACUCGUCACCCUCUAAUGCUGAAUGUUAGAACCAAACCUGCUCCACCUGUUGCAUCCGACCUAGUAUCAACUGGAUUGCGAAAUGCUUUGGGUUUGCUGCAUACAAAAGCAGUGACCAAAAGUGGUGAUGAGUCGGCUACAAAAACAUCAUAUAAAGAAGACACGAAACUGGAAGAUCGUUUAGCGAUGGAGGCCGAAGAGGAGAAAAAAUUUUCUAACGGAGAUACAUACGAUGAUGGAGAAGAUGAAGCGGCAUCUAAAAGUUCUACUGGCAGUUCUUCAUCGUCAGCUUCGUCAUCAUUAUCUCCCAAGGAACAAGCAUCACAAGAAAUGCAGAACUAUAAUGCUCUUAUUUCAUCUGAAAGCAACCGAGAAUUAACUCAGAUUCAAGAUGAGAUAACUAAAGCAACGCAAAGCAGCAUGGGUCAAGUAAGUGUAGUUGGACAGAAAGAACAAGUCAAUACAGAGUCCCCGAAUCUACCCAACAUACCAGGAAUUGGUGAAUCCAGUUUUUCCGGUUUAGGAGGAGCUGGAGGUUUAUCCGGUUUAGCUGGCGCUGGUGGUUUAUCCAGUCUAAGUAGUACAAGUAGUUUCAGUAACGCAGGAGGACUAGGCGGAACAGAGGAAAUAAAUUUAGGAAGUUUAGGAGGAAGUUCUGCAGCAGAUCAGUUUCAAGGCUUACAAGGAGGCGCAACAGAAGGAUUGGACCCAAACACUGGUUCUCCACAAAUACCAAAUCAAGCAACUUCACCUUUGACUGAGUCAAGUAUGACAGAUAACAAUGGAAUCUCUGGUCAAACCAUGAGCGCAGCUACUCAAUUAAAUAUGGGAGGGCAAUCUCCAAUUGAAAUAGGAAGUUCAAAUCAAACUCCUGUAGAAAUGGGAACUCUCAGUGGUGGUGCAAACAAUCCAUUUCGAGGUUCACAGUCAGGUCAACAGAUGGAAAACGUGUCACCAGAACAAAUGCAGAAUAAUUUUAUGUCGCAGGGAGGACAACAACAGUCUCUUGAACUUGGUCAGAUAGGAGGAGAACAGCAACAACGUAUGUCUUUUAAAAAGUCCAAAAUUUCCGAUGAGAGAGAAAAGAAAGACAAUCGUCGUAAAAAAUAUCAGCUAUUUCAACAUAAACACCACGCGAAAACGAAAGUGCAAAAUCGUCAAAGAAGUUAACAGCACAACAUCAAAAUUCAAGAUGACACAGCGUGUUUAUAGUACAAAACAUAUUGCACACCCUCGCCAUGGACAAGUAACAUAACAGUCUACAUUAGCUAAGCCUAAAUGUCACGUUUAGUCUUUUUUAUAUUAUAACUAUUCAUCAACGAUUUAUUUCACAGCGAAAACUUACGAUUUUGGUAGGUCUACUCAGCCUAUAAUUUGUCUGCCGCCAUGUACAUGGUAAUGUUUUAAUUUUCUACCAAGAUACCAAGUAAUAUUCUGUCUAUUUUGUUGACUAUAGACUGUACGACAUAUUCAUAUAACCUUUAUAAGGUAAUUAGUCAUUUUCAUGUAGAAAACAAUAACCACGCAUGACACGAUUUGUAUAUUAUUGUAUAUUAAAUAUACGUAACGCUCUCAGAGAAACCUAGUUUCUGUAGUUGAGCAACAUUUUA